UAUUGACUGACGGCCUCCAAUUGAGGCUUGAGCGGCGAUUGAAUUUCCUCGGUCUCUCGCAUUGGUGCCUUGAGUGUUCCCUUGGGAUCUUCGACCUUUUGCUAUCGUCCACCGGCUUCUGGCGUGCACUUCAGCCACGUUUAGGCCAUCAGCCACAUCACCAUGAGCGGGGAUGAGGACAAUCGGAGUAAUGCGGGCAGUGCCCAUGGGGGCAAUGGCAGCCAGAGCGGCAGUCACAACGGAAGUGCGGGCGGGGCGGAUGUGGCGGGCGAUGAGGAUCAUUUCGUGGCCCGUUGCCGGGGACUGCCUUGGUCUACUACGCAAAACGAAAUCAAAGAGUUCUUCAAGGACGCCAAGCUCAAGGAUGAUUCCUUGGAUAGUAUCCAUGUGACCUUAACGAAAGAAGGCCGACCUUCAGGCGAGGCCUACAUCGAGCUGGAAACGCAGGAAGACCUGGACAAGGCCGUGGCCAUGGACCGAAAGCACAUGGGAAAACGAUACGUUGAAGUAUUCAAAUCAAAGAAAAGCGAAAUGUCUUGGGUGCUGAGUCAUUUCAAGUUCAAUUCCGAGGAAACGGCGGGCUCGCCCUCGGCUCCAGAUGGAACCAGUGACCACGUGGUUCGUUUGCGGGGAUUACCUUUCGAUUGUACGCCUGACGACAUUGUCAAGUUCUUCCAAGGGUUGGAUGUCAACUUCGAUGGGAUCUUGAUGACCACGGAUUAUCAGGGGCGCAGCUCCGGGGAGGCCUAUGUGCGAUUUCGUAGCCGGGACCAGGCCGAGCAGGCCUUAGAGAGGAACAAACAGAGCAUCGGGCACAGGUACAUAGAGAUCUUUCGCUCGAGCAAUUCCGAAGCUUCCAGAGCUGCCCUCAUGGGUGGAAACGGCGGAGGAUUUGGUGGAGCCAGUGCUAAUGGAGGUGGUGCCCCUGGCGGGGGACGCAUGGGAGGGCGUUUCAGUCGCGGAAGUGGGAGCAUGAGUGGACCACCCAACCGUGGGCGUCCUACCCCGUAUGACCGUAGUUCCUCGUCUUAUUCCAUGGGACGUGCUUAUGGAGCAGGAUCAAUGGGCGGUGGAGGAGCCCGAGGAGGUGCAGAUCGACCUUAUGGAGGAGCUGGCGGAGGCUAUGGGGGUUACGAAGGAUACUUUUCAGGUUAUUCCGGCGGAUACGAUCGAGUUCCAACUCAACCUCCCCGAAGUUACGAUCGAGGAGGGCCACAACGCUCAAAUUUUGUCGUCAAGAUGAGGGGAUUACCUUUCAGAGUGACUGAAAAUGAUAUUGGCGAAUGGUUCAGCUCAGUGGCUGAUCCCGUGGAUAUUGAACUGAAGUUCAAUAGUCAAGGGCGACCCUCCGGUGAAGCGGAUGUUUAUUUUGCUUGUGAUUCGGAUGCGAAGAGGGCCAUGACCAAAGACCGACAAAAUAUGCAACACCGUUAUGUCGAAUUGUUCUACAACAAUCCCGUCGGAGGGUUUGCCAGCGGCUUCAGUCAGUAUUAAAACGAGAUCGGAAAAACGCCGGGCAUAAUAGCUUUAUUAACCAAGAAGCACAUGGACGGCCAAUAAAUCCAACCCCACUACCCCGUUCCGAAGAUGGAAUUGAAAAUCUCAAGCGAAUGGUCCUAACACAUUCCCGAAGACAACCCUGUAUUUCACUCAUUCAAUCGAUGUACCGAAUUAUCGUACUGUAGAACUAAUAAAAUGUUGCCCUUUGAACGCA